UACAGUACACAAACAUCGCACUCGAGGGUGUGGCUACGCUUCAACAAACACCAACACUGUGCUUGCUUGGACAAGAGCGGGUUGCUCCGCGAGACUAGAAACAGUAAGGCCCCCACCACCAUGGCCUCCACUCAACUAUCACUGUCCGAAGUAGUGCCAGCUCUUGAUAAUCUGACAAUAGAAAAGACAAAGGAGCUAUUUGUUCAUCUCAAUGUCCAACUGAAAACUCUUGAUGACAUUGACACAAACCACACGGGAAACAUGCGCAAGAUCCACUACGUCCAGGCCUGGUUUGACCAGGAGGCGGGGGCCAGUUGGGAGAAAAUUGUAGCUGGCCUCAAACAGAUUGGUAUGACAGCACUGGCCAACACCGUCAUUAUGGCCUCCGGCCUCAACCUCCCCUCCUCUCCAGUGACAACAGCCCCAGAGGCAGGUGGUCCUCAAACCAGUAGAUCAUCUCCCAGUGAGCCCACUCUCAGUCCCCUGGCACGUCCCUCCUCCCCCACUGGCAGGGUGUCACAGGCGAGAGCCGAGAUCGACCGACUCAGUGACACCUUCUCAGACCUCAUGUCCGACACGAGAGAUGAAAUGUGCACGAGAGAAAGUAUAGAUCCACGGUUUCUUGACAAGUUCCGUGAUCGUCUUUUAGAUCUUCCUGUCGCCCAAAAAGUCCCUCAUGUCAAGUUUUUUCAUGAAAGGCUGGAUGAAUUUCUAAAGGCAGAGAAUACUCCCAAAAUAUUUGCCAUCAUCCGGUGCUACAGCAGCUACCGCAACUACGCAGUUCUCCGAGAGGUGGUCAGGAAGUUCUGUCAGGGUUCGCUCCAGCGAAGGAUGCAGGAAUACUGCGACUCACUCGAGAAGUUUGAGAAAGCGACAAUGGUCGAUGUGUACCUCGAGGCCAUUGAAGCUAGUGAUGUUCUCGCCUCAGAAUUCACCAAAAUGACGGUAAAGAUCAACAAGCCAGUGUCGCAGUGCACUCUCCACGAAAUUCGCAAGACGACCGAAGCGAUCGCAGAAAGAGCGUCUCUACAGUCGUACAGUGUGUACAUUGGGGCGGUGUUGGAGGGCUCGGUUGUGGUGGAGCUGGGACUCCCGUCCAGCUGUGUGGGGUGGAUUCUGGGAGCCUUGACACCCGACUUCCUAGCCACACAUCUCCUGUCAGACGUGGUCCUCGGUCAAGAGAUGCUUUUUACCGUCAACAAGCCUCGGGAAAUGUUG